GAGUUGUUGAAUUUAAGCAUCGGCACAGUUCAUACCAGAGCGCACGAAUAUGGCCGACGAAGAGAAAGAGGGAAGAAGGCGAGACAAUAUUUGGAGAUCUUAUUUAGAGGACAGCUCCAACGAAGUGCCGGCAAUAAACCCGGCAAGCACGGCUCAGGGAACCAACAGUACGGAUGUGCAACUGCCACCGCCACACACGCAUGAAGCAGCAAGACCGUUGCUCACGACGACAGCUGGUAGCAGUCACACACCAGUACCGGGCACAAGCAGUGCACCAAUUCAGCAGCAGAAUGCGAGCAACCCUGAAGGAAUGUGGGAGGGUUCGAACCAGGAGCACGGAAGCGACGCUGACGAGGAGCCCCGCAAUGCGUGUACAUUCAGCGAGGAGGCUUACAAAUGUGCGGAAGACUUGGCGAAACUCACGCGCGUGAAUCUCAAGAAGAGAAAACACCUAUGCCAUGAAUGCAGAAAACGCUUCCGACAUCCUUCUGACUUACAAAGACAUUACCGCACUCACAGCGGUGAAAAGCCUUAUACGUGUGACGUGUGCCAACGUAAAUUUGCUCUGGAGGGUAACCUCAAACAGCAUCAGGUGACGCAUACAAAGGAACAGCCGUUUUGUUGCGACUACUGUGGGACUAGGUUCAAGCGAAAGACAGCCAUGACAAAGCACAUCAACAAACUACACCCAGGAAACCGUGAAAGCGAGAGCGGAGGUGCAAAAUAA